AUGCAACAAUCCACAAUAACACCCACGAUACAAAUCAAAAGAAGACUGGCUGAGGCAGACUCUAUCACAAAGCACAUAAAAAAAAAGAGGCCUACAGACCGCAACAAUCCACCAAGGGUUGAAGCAUACGUGCCAGAGUCGAAAUUGUAUACUGAAUUGAGCGAAUUUGAAAAGAACUUGGAUGUAGCCAUCAUGAGAAAGCGACUUGAUAUACAAGAGGCUUUAGGGAAGCCUACCAAAGUGCGUCGUACGCUUCGCAUCUUUGUAUCCAACACAGCUGCUGAUCAGUCAGGACAACUAGAGGAAGCAACAAGCUUUGAACUGAAUGACGACAACGCACCAUCCUGGACACUGAGGAUAGAGGGCAGAUUGCUGGAUCCAUUGAUCCCAACGAAAAAAGCACAGCCAGUUCAAAAGUUUACAUCAUUCUUCAAAUCCAUCAUUGUUGAACUUGACCGUGAUCCAGAAGCAUUCCCAGAGGGUAACAUCACAGAGUGGCAUAAGCAAGCCAAUGCUGUGGAUACCGAUGGCAUCGAACUGAAACGCAAAGGAGAUGUGGAUGUAAAUGCACGUAUCAUUCUUGUACCUGAUUACAACCCUCAAAAAUACAAAUUGAGCGCUGCCUUGGCAGAGAUUGUGUCGCCUCCCUUGGCUGCUAAACCACACAUUCUCAAUGAAUUAUGGAAUUAUGUCAAGCUUCGCCAAUUACACGAUAAACAAGACAAACGAGUGAUUCAAUGCGACGACAAACUGAAAGAUUUAUUCGGCUCAUCUCAAGUGCACUUUUCAGAUUUACCAGACUUGAUCAAUCGCCAUCUAUCUCAACCAGACCCCAUUGUGCUUGAAUACAAGAUUCGAGUGGAUAAGCAAUUCAAUCAAGGGCCCACUGCCUAUGAUAUGGAUGUGGAACUGGACAGUAUUCUGCGCCAGAAAAUGCUGAAUAUCGUUUCGUCAAGUCAACCACAAAAGGAAGUGAUGGCAUUAGAUGAUAAGAUUGUGCAAUGCGUUCAAAGCAUCAACAAUUCGAAAGUGAAGCGGGAUUUCUUGACUCAGUUCUCCAUGGAUCCAAUCGAGUUUACAAACAAAUGGAUUACAAGUCAAGCUAGAAAUUUGGAGGCCAUCUUGGGAGAAACCAAGGUCAAUUUGGAGGAUGUGCGACAAACUGAUUUCUAUAAGCAACCUUGGGUAAAGGAGGCAGUUUUUCAUUAUUUGACAUCCAAGACACAACAACGUAUGCAAGAACUUUUAGCCACACAGCAAAAGUAA